AUGAUUCGGUUGAUAAUUACGGCAACAGCAAUUCUAACGACCUCCUCGGCUCUGUACUUCUAUAUUUCUCACGCAAGGCUCUCAAAGCGAAUAACCCACACCACCCACCAAGGGACACUCUCAAGACCAACUGAGAUAGAAUCCAUCCCAAAAUCCAUCUUCACCCCUCAAUACUUCACCAUCCACGACAAAUGCUCCAAAUCUGUUCCGCGGGCUUGCCUGCCAGAAGAGUCUCCGCAUCUCCUCUUCACCCGUCUCGUUCGCCGUAACAUGAUUGCCUUUUCGCGGUUCCCGCAAGCACUCAUGUUAGCCAUGGUGAGCAAGACAGCCGGGCAGAAGAAGAGUUUCCAGGCGGCGCAUAUUCAUGCGCUCGACUUCCAGGAAGGGGACUUGGUAUGUGGUGUUUAUCAGGUGAAAUGUCGGAGCAGGAAUAAGGUCGAGUUUGAAAUCAAGAUGCAUGGGAUGGAUUUUGUGGAGGGAAGAUUGGCGAUUAGCUAUAGGGAGGUUGAUCAGGAUGAGUCAAAUGUGGUGAUGUUUUGUAGUGAGACUAUCAUGUGGAGGAAGGUUGAUGAGAGUCGCUGCAUGCCCUUGGAGCGACCGGCUCUUAGAUGGAUGCACGAUACUGCUGCGUGGUGGUUGCUUGACUCCGGUGUGAAGUACUUGAUGGAUUUGGAAUAA